UGCGUGGACAAGUUCUAGAUGGAAAUUGGACGCGCGACGAGUGAAACGAGACACCGAUCGACAACUUUCUCAAAGUCAUGCGUCUGUUACGCGUCUGUCUGUUCUGCGCGCUGCUUUUACGCACGGAUGGGAAAACGAUCGGAGAGUUGUCCGGCGCCGCGGGACGCCUCCUGCAUGUCGAUGACGGGAACUUUUCAAGGCAGGAUCACAUGAAACAAGAGCCCUUUCAGGAGCAACAACAAGUGCUCGAAGCCUUGCCAGGUUCUGCCUUCGAUCUGAAGGUGCAGGUGACCGACGUGCUGAGUCGUCAGUACCUGAGUGAGGCCGCGGUGGACGUCUACAUCAACUACACCAGGACCAACAGCGCUGUCACCGGAGAGGACGGUGCUGCGCUGCUUCAUGUACCUUACCACUCCGGGCUGCCUCUCACAGUCGUGGCCAGCAAGGAUGGCUACAUUAGCACGCUGCUGCCUUGUACAACCAACAGAAUGCCAAUCUUUUCAUCAGUGACGAUGACGCUACAUGGUCGGAAUCAGGGGAACGUCUGGCUCUUUGACGACUCGGUCGUGAUCACUGGCAGAACAUCUGAUUCUUCAUCCCAGCCCACCGUCAGGUUUCCUAAGAGCCUUCUGAACGUGACCCUCAGCAGCAACAGCACCUCCGUUACAGCCUUCCUCACUGUUCCCAAAGUGACGUCAGAGCCGGACGGCUUCUUCAACACUCUGGGCGUCAUGAGCAGUAAAUCAGGCUAUGUCAGUGUGGAGUUAAGCCCUGUGGCGGCUGUCAGUGUGCAGCUCUUCUCUGGAGACACGGAGUUACAUGUGAGUGGGCCCGUACAGAUCAGCCUCGGUGUUCCUGACAGCUGUGGGCUUCAGACGUCAAACGUUGUCCCUGCCUGGUUCUUUAACCGGACCACCGGUGGAUGGAUGAGAAAAGGACUGGGACAGGUAACGUCAGUGGAAGGAAGGCUCGUGUGGACAUUCACAGCUCCUCACCUCGGCUACUGGAUUGCAGCACCUUUGUCAUCUACCAGAGGUUUCUUUGGACUUGCCGUCCCCAUGGACUUCAUCUUACGCCAUUCGUUUUUCCUGAUGGUUCUCUCAGGAGGAUUGCUUCUUAUUGUCAUCUGUCUUCUGCUUGGAUUCAUUUGUUAUUGCAGGAGUGCGCCCAGUGAGAAGAAAGCAAUGAAGAUCCUCACAGUGUCAAAAAAAGACCAAACCACCUCCACGUGCGAUGAUGAAGCAUUUGGAGCAUCUUCAAGGCGUGGCUUUCACCCACAGGACGGACCCAACCAACCAUUCACAGAGAAUGGGGAUAACCAGCACAACUCCUCUUUCAUUUCUAUGCACAGCAACAACAUAAUAGCCAACCCCAAUGUGGCCAUUACGCUGGAGUGUAACGAACUGGAGCUCAACACUGACCUGAAUGAUCUGACGUGCUCGCACAAGACUUCGGAUCAAAUCCGACUUCCAGCAUCU